UCGUUGUAAACACAUAAAUCCAGAGAGUUCAUCAGCAAUUCUAACUUUUGAUUCUUUCCUCAUUGCAAACCUUUACUCUCUACAUCCGCAUCCCUCCAAACUCCAUCAAUGCUCUCUGCCUUUUUAGGCCUUCUAUCUAUCACAAAGCCUUUCACAACGAAUUAUCACUUUCGAGUCCAUUAGAUCUCAUCGCUGCUACGUACAGCCAUUUGAUCGCCCCACCGACUCAGCUAUUCUGCGUGAAAGCACACUUCGAUUUAUCGAACACAACGACGACUGUUACUAACCAAUUUACCCAAUCCAGGAACCAUUAACUUGAGUCUCUUGGAGCUCGUUCGAUAUCAUCGGAGCUCUCAUAACAUACUCACAUCAAUACUCCUUCGAGACAUUGAGUUGUUCUUCGUCGGAGUUCAACACUUUAUCUAUCUCGGUACACAACCUAUUUAUAGUCAUACACUAGACAAUCAGACGCUAUGGCAUCAGUUGCAGUAUCAACUCCCCUCAAGUCCCACAAGGGACUUUUCUCCUCCCGUACCGCUGGCGGUCGGAUGCCCUUGACCCCGUCCCCUCGUCAACGCACCGUGACCAACAAUGUCAACGUGGAAUCGUCUCCCUUCACACCCGACCGACAACAAUCCCACGAUGCAUGCCGCCCAGCUGGCAAGUCCGUUUACGGAGGAAACCUGUCGGCACACUUCGCUAAGACUAGCUCAAGAACCUCGCACCGCAACUCUCCCAAGUCCAACAUUGCUCGAAGUGUUGCCACUCCCCGCAAGGCUCUAGAGCUAGGUGUGUCGGACUUCACUCUUGUUGGUACCGGCCACAGCAAGUCCCCUUCCAGCACCAAGACGAAGAAGGCACCUCUGCGACAGAAGACGAGCAAGACCACCGUUACCUAUGCGGCGGACCGAUUCAUUCCGAACCGUAGCAACAGCUCUGCUAUUUCCAAUGCAGGCUCUGGAAAGUUGGACACACAAGACAAGUCGCGACCCAAGUCGCGUAGCAACGAGGCAUCCAACGUCUUAUCGUCCGCUACUGACGACGCUAUCGCUGCUCUAGAGAGCCUUAACAUCAACGAGGAUGAGGAGGCCAGCUACGCCCGACCAUCCCCUAACACUGUCGCUUAUCAAGACUCCUUGGCUAAUGCUUGCGGCGUCAACCUUAACACCCGUAUCCUGCAGUUCAAGCCUGCCCCUCCUGAGUCGUCGAAGCCUAUUGAUCUUCGUCAACAGUACAACAGGCCUCUUAAGCCUGCCAAUGCAAGCUCCGCCCAAUUCAGACGCCGCAUUGCGACCGCCCCUGAACGCGUUCUCGACGCCCCUGGUCUGAUUGAUGACUACUACUUGAACCUCCUUGACUGGAGCUCGGGCAACCAAGUUGCUAUUGGUCUUGAGCGAAAUGUCUAUGUCUGGUCUGCCGACGAAGGCUCCGUGAGCUGCUUGUUGGAGACUAGCCCUGACACCUAUGUCAGCAGUGUUAAAUGGUCUGGUGACGGUGCUUAUGUCGGUGUUGGCCUUGGAACCGGCGAGGUCCAAAUCUGGGAUGUUGCAGAGGGCCAGAAAGUCCGUAGCAUGUUCGGUCACGACACCCGCGUAGGUGUCAUGGGCUGGAACAAGCACCUCCUGUCUACUGGUGCUCGAAGUGGCCUUGUCUACAACCAUGAUGUCCGUAUCGCCGAGCACAAGGUUGCAGAGCUCGUUUCUCACACCUCUGAAGUCUGUGGACUUGAAUGGCGAUCUGAUGGCGCCCAGCUUGCCACUGGAGGCAACGACAACCUUGUUUCCAUCUGGGAUGCCCGCUCCCUCGCCGUCCCCAAGUUCACCAAGACCAACCACAAGGCUGCUGUCAAGGCUCUUGCUUGGUGCCCUUGGAACAUCAACCUUCUUGCUACCGGUGGUGGCUCUUACGACCGUCAUAUCCACUUCUGGAACACCACCUCUGGUGCUCGUGUAAACAGCAUUGACACUGGCUCUCAAGUCACCAGUCUGCGAUGGUCUACCAGCUACCGUGAGAUCGUCAGCUCAAGUGGUUUCCCUGACAACUCUCUCAGCAUCUGGAGCUACCCUACGCUCGUCCGCAAUGUCGAGAUCCCCGCUCACGAGAGCAGGGUUCUCCACAGUUGCCUUAGUCCCGAUGGACAAAUGCUCGCUACUGCAGCUGCCGAUGAGAGCUUGAAGUUCUGGAAGGUGUUCGAGAAGAAGGCCGGUGCCUCCGCGGGCAUUGGUGCCAGUGGCUCUUCCAGCAAGGCUCAGAUGGCCAAGCAGAUGACUAUCCGCUAAGUCACCAUGCAGAUCUAGUAAAUGUCAGGAUCUCCGUCAACAACAGUAGGUAUCUCGAUUUUAUUCUGGCAUCUCUGGUACUGCAUUUGGUGUCCCUUCAGCGCGGCGUUGGGGAUAUCCACAUCCUACGACCGUGGAAAGGUCUUCGUCCGGAUUGGAGUUGGUCAUGAGCUACGAUAUGAUAACGCCUGUUACGGAAGGCCUUAAGAUUGAGAUUCAUAUGAGGGAUUGCAUCAUAAUGGUCAUAAUGGGAGUUUACGGGCAUCAGGUCGCAUUAGGUACUAUUAAUUAAGGAUGGAGCAGUGAUAACUGGGUGGUCUACAUAUCGAAAAGAUAUGGGAUCGUGUCUAGUUUGAGCUUCUAAUUGUAUUCAGAAAUCCUGCGUUACAAAGCUGUUCUGAUGAUUGUGACUUGCAAUGCCGGUAAAUUCGGCCUAUGUUACCAAUUACCUGUAAAUGAAGAUCGGGAUUUGUUGAUUAAGUUGUAUCGAUUACCUCAUUCUACUUGCUUUGGCGUGCGAAUAAUGCCGGCAGUGACUUCCCUAGGUACAUGUUUUGGUGUGUCAUAGCGG